AUGCCACCUGGACUACCACCCCCUCCAGGUCUCAGACCACCAGGGGCGCCACCAGGCUUCCCCACGGGAGCACCACCUCCUCCCGGAGCUCCACCCCCUCCCGGAGCUCCACCUCCUCCGGGAGCUCCUCCAGGUGCACCUCCUCCACCUGCUGAGGACUCACGAUCGUCUCUCUUACAAGCCCGAAAGAAGCGAUGGCUCAAGCUGCAGAAGCGCAAGUUUGCCGACAAGUCCGGCAAGUCGACGUUUGUGCACUCGUCCAAGGCAGAUAUGCCUCCGGAGCACCUGCGAAAACUCAUCAAGGACCAUGGAGAUAUGAGCUCGCGCAAGUUUGCGUCCGACAAACGAGCUUACCUCGGAGCUCUCAAGUUCAUGCCCCACGGUGUGAUCAAGCUGCUGGAGAAUAUGCCCCAGCCCUGGGAGGCCGUUCGAGAGGUGAAGGUGCUGUACCACAUUUCUGGUGCCAUCACUUUCGUGAACGAGAUCCCCCGAGUCGUGCCUCAGGUGUACACAGCCCAAUGGGCAACCAUGUGGGUGAUGAUGCGACGAGAAAAACGAGACCGACGACACUUCAAACGAAUGCGAUUCCCUCCUUUUGACGACGAAGAGCCUCCGAUUUCUUGGGCAGAAAACAUUCAGGAUGUUGAGCCCCCAGAGGGCAUUUUGAUGGACCUGAGUCCCGUGGAUGACUCAGCAGUGGUGGAUUGGUUCUACGAGCACAGACCGCUGUUCGAGGACGGACUCAAGGUCAACGGGCCCUCCUACCGGUCGUACAGACUGAGUGUUGAGCAGCUGACCACUCUCUAUCGACUUGCCACUCCUCUUCUUCCCGAUGUUACCGACCCCAACUACUUUUACCUGUUUGACAAAAAAGCCUUUUACACCGCCAAGGCUCUGAAUAUGGCAAUUCCGGGAGGUCCAAAGUUUGAGCCUCUCUACAAAGACCUGGAUCCCGACAAUGAGGACUUUGGUGAGUUCAAUGCCAUCGACAGAAUCAUUGUGCGAAACAUGAUCACCACAGAACACAAGGUGGCAUUCCCCCAUGUGUACAACUCCAUGCCUCGAAAGGUGGAACUGGUGACGUACUCGUACCCUCAGGAAGUUGUUGUCAAAUCUGAGGAUCCUGAUCUGCCUCCUUACUACUUUGAUCCCAAGUUGGCUCCGAUCACGAGGUCGAAGAUCGAUAAUAAUGUGGACGUUGAUCUCUCCGAAGAUCUUGGACCUCUCGCACCUCCCCUGGAGUCUGUUCCUCUUGUCAACGAGCAGCUUUCAUCAGCUCUGGCUCUCUACCAUGCUCCCAGUCCCUUCGAUCGACGUUCCGGUCCUACUGUGCGUGCUCAGGACGUGGCUCUUAUCAAGGAUUGGUACCUGCAGCAUCCUCCCAAGGGCUACCCCAUCAAGGUGCGAGUUUCCUACCAGAAGCUACUGAAGUCGUACGUGUUGACGUCUCUGACCUCUCAGUCUACAGUCACUCAAAAGAAGCGUGGAUUGCUGAAGUCGUUGAGAAACACAAAGUUUUUCCAGCAGACGGAAAUUGACUGGGUGGAAGCUGGUUUACAGCUUUGUCGACAGGGUUUCAACAUGCUUAACCUGUUGAUUCACAGAAAGGGUCUCACAUACCUGCAUUUGGACUACAACUUCAAUUUGAAGCCUACAAAGACACUUACUACCAAGGAGCGAAAGAAGUCUCGGUUUGGAAAUGCCUUCCACCUCAUGCGUGAGAUUCUGCGAGUGGUUAAAAUCCUUGUGGACGCUCAGGUUCAAUUCCGACUCGGUAAUGUCGACGCCUUCCAGCUGGCCGAUGGUAUUUACUACACCCUGAACCACCUGGGCCAGCUCACCGGUAUUUAUCGAUACAAGUACAAGGUGAUGCACCAGAUUCGAACUUGUAAGGAUCUGAAGCACGUGGUUUACUACAGGUUCAACGUCGUUAUCGGUAAGGGUCCUGGCUGUGGUUUCUGGCAGCCUGCCUGGCGGGUGUGGCUAUUUUUCCUCCGUGGAAUCAUCCCCCUUCUUGAGCGGUGGCUGGGAAACCUUCUGGCGCGUCAGUUUGAGGGUCGUCACUCCAAGGGCGUUGCCAAGACUAUCACCAAGCAGCGAGUCGAAUCUUCCUACGAUCUCGAGCUUCGAGCGUCGGUUCUCAAGGAUAUUCUGGACAUGAUUCCUGAGGGUAUCAAGGAGGCCAAGACCAAGACUGUUCUGCAGCAUCUAUCUGAGGCCUGGCGGUGCUGGAAGGCCAACGUGCCGUGGAAGGUGCCUGGUAUGCCUGCCCCCAUCGAGAACAUUAUCUUACGUUACGUCAAAGCCAAGGCUGAGGGCUGGAUGGCUGCUGCUCACUACAACCGAGAGCGAAUCAACCGAGGCGCCACUGUGGACAAGACGCUUGCCAAGAAGAAUCUCGGCCGUCUGACUCGUCUGUGGCUCAAGUCCGAGCAGGAGAGACAACAAAACUUCCUGCGAGACGGCCCAUACUGGGACGGUAAUGACGCACGGGCCAUCCAGCAGAUGAUGGUGAACUGGCUAGAGUCACGAAACUUUUCCACCAUCUCCAUGCCUCCUGCCAGUUACAAGCACGACACCAAGCUGCUGGUGUUGGCGCUGGAGGGUAUGAAGGAGGGCUUCAACUCCAAGGGACGUCUCAACCAGAGCCAGCGAGACGAAAUGGCGUACAUAGAACAGGCCUAUGACAAUCCUCAUGAGACUCUGCGACAGGUGAAGGAGAACUUUGUGCGUAACGAGGGUUUCAAGGACGUGGGAUUGGAGAUGAUGGAUCACUACUCUCACGUGACUCCCGUGUACGACAUUGACCCCACCGAGAAGAUUGCUGACGCAUAUCUGGACCAGUAUCUGUGGUAUGAGGGUGACAAGAAUGGCCUCUUCCCCAACUGGAUCAAGCCUAGUGAUUCGGAAGUGCCUCCCUUGCUCGUGUACAAGUGGUGCCAGGGCAUCAACAAUCUGGACAACAUUUGGAAGACUGACGCUGGAGAAUCGACUGUCAUGCUGGAGACUUCUCUGAGCAAGAUCUGGGAGAAGAUUGACUUUACUUUUUUGCAGUAUCUGCUCCGGUUGAUCAUGGACGAGAACUUGGCCAAGUACAUCAUUGCCAAGAACAACGUCCGGCUCACUUACAAAGACAUGUCUCACACCAACAACUAUGGUCUUUUGCGAGGUCUGCAGUUCUCGUCGUUUGUGGUUCAGUACUAUGGUCUCGUUGCUGACUUGCUCAUCCUGGGUCUCACUCGAGCGUCUCAGAUGGCUGGUGAUCCCAAACGGCCCAACUACUUCAUGCAAUACCCCUCCGUCGCUGUGGAGACGGACCAUCCUAUCAGAGCGUACUCUCGGUACAUUGACCGAAUCCACAUCCUCUUCCGGUUUACUAAGGACGAGUCUUCGGAUUUGGUUCAUCGGUUCUUGACUGAGCACCCGGACCCCAACUUUGAAAACGUGGUUAACUUCCCUACUAAGAAGUGCUGGCCGCGUGACUCUCGAAUGCGGCUCAUGCGGUCCGACGUGAAUCUUGCACGCGCCGCGUUUUGGGAAAUUCAGAACCGACUCCCUCGAGCCAUGACGUCCAUUGAGUGGUCUGAGUCGUUUGUCUCUGUCUACUCCAGCGAAAACCCCAAUCUGCUGUUUUCCAUGUGCGGUUUUGAGGUUCGAAUCCUGCCCAAGUGUCGAACUGUGGCGUCUGUGCCCGUCAAGGACUCUGUCUGGAACCUCACCAACGAGUCUACCAAGGAGCGAACUGCGUAUGCUUUCUUGCGCGUCUCUGAUGCCGAUAUUGCGCGGUUCAACAACAGAAUUCGACAGAUUCUCAUGUCGUCUGGUUCCACCACCUUCACGAAGAUUGCCAACAAGUGGAACACUGCUCUGAUUUCGCUGUUCACGUAUUAUCGAGAGGCGGCUGUCGCCACUGAGCAGCUUCUGGACACCCUGGUCAAAUGCGAGACCAAGAUUCAAACUCGUGUCAAGAUUGGCCUCAACUCCAAAAUGCCAACUCGUUUCCCCCCUGCCGUGUUCUACACCCCCAAGGAGCUUGGUGGUCUGGGUAUGUUUUCUGCUUCUCACAUUCUGAUCCCUGCCAGUGAUCUGCGGUGGUCCAAGCAGUCUGAUCAGGGCGGCAUUACCCACUUCCGAGCUGGUAUGACUCAUGUUCACGGCGAAGACAAGAUCAUUCCAAAUAUUUUCCGGUACUUGACGACCUGGGAGGCAGAGUUCACCGACUCGCAGCGUGUGUGGGCCGAGUAUGCGUCCAAACGAGCCGAGGCCAAGGCCGAGAACCGGCGUCUGUCUCUGGAGGAUCUAGAGGACUCGUGGGACCGAGGUCUGCCUCGAAUCAACACAUUGUUCCAGAAGGACAGACAUACGCUGGCCUACGAUAAGGGUCACCGUGUGCGAACGGAGUUCCGACAGUUCUCCAUCCCUAGAGUCAACCCCUUUUGGUGGACGUCUCAGCGUCAUGACGGUAAGCUGUGGUCGCUGAAUACAUACAGAACAGACGUCAUCCAGGCACUGGGUGGCAUUGAGACGAUUCUGGAACACACUCUGUUCAAGGGUACCGGUUUCGACAACUGGGAAGGUCUCUUCUGGGAGAAGGCCGCUGGCUUCGAGGACCAACUCAAGCUCAAGAAGCUGACCAACGCCCAGCGGUCUGGUCUCAACCAGAUUCCCAAUCGACGCUUCACUCUCUGGUGGUCUCCUACCAUCAACCGAGCCAAUGUCUACGUUGGUUUCCUGGUACAGCUGGAUCUCACGGGUAUCUUUUUGCAUGGUAAAAUCCCCACGCUCAAGAUUUCGCUGAUUCAGAUUUUCCGGGCCCAUUUGUGGCAGAAAAUCCACGAGUCGGUGGUGCUUGAUAUCUGUCAGGUGCUUGAUCGAGAGCUGGAGACGCUGCAGAUUAGUGAGACUCGAAAGGAACAAAUUCAUCCUCGAAAGUCGUACAAGAUGAACUCUUCGUGUGCUGAUAUUGUGCUCAAGUCGGCCUACAAGUGGAACGUUUGCAAGCCUUCAUUGUUGAACGAUUCGUCCGACUCCAUGGAUUUCGCUCAAACGUCCGAGUUCUGGCUGGACGUGCAGCUUCGAUACGGAGACUACGACUCGCACGAUAUCAGUCGGUACACUCGAGCCAAGUUUCUGGAGUACACCACCGACGGAGUGUCUGUCUACCCCUCGCCUGUUGGAGCCAUGGUUGGCAUUGAUCUUGCGUACAACAUGUACGACGCCUAUGGCAACUGGUUCCCCGGUCUGAAACAGCUCAUGCGUCCUGCCAUGUCCAAAAUCAUGCAGGCCAACCCUGCAUUGUUUGUGCUGCGAGAACGAAUCCGAAAGGGCCUGCAGCUGUAUCAGUCGCAGCCGCAGGAAGCGUUCCUCAACUCGCAAAACUACCAGGAGUUAUUCAACAACGAGGUGCAGUUCUUCGUGGACGAUUCGAACGUCUACCGAGCCGCUGCUCAUACCACUUUUGAGGGCAACUUUACCAACAAGCCUCUUAACGGUGCUGUGUUCAUUUUGAACCCCAAGACCGGUCAGCUGUUCCUCAAGGUGGUUCACACGUCCACUUGGGCCGGUCAGAAGCGUCUGUCUCAGCUGGCCAAAUGGAAGGCGGCCGAAGAGGUGGCUGCUCUGAUCCGAUCUCUUCCAAAGGAAGAGCAGCCCAAACAGGUGAUUGUCACUCGAAAGAGUAUUGUUGAGCCGCUGAAGCAGCAGCUGUUUGAGUUCCCCAACACGGUCAUCCGGCCGUCGGAGCUCCAGCUGCCGUUCAAGUCUGCUCUGCAGGUGGAGAAGCUCGGAGAUCUGAUUCUCAAAGCAACUGAGUCGCAGAUGGUUAUUUUCAAUCUCUUUGACGAUUGGCUCAAGUCAAUUUCCAGUUACACUGCCUUUGCUCGUCUGGUUCUCAUUUUGCGAGGUAUGCAUGUCAACCAUGAGAAGACAAAGAUCAUUCUGCGUCCCGAUCACACGGUUGUGACUCUUGACCAUCACAUGUGGCCUUCCUUCUCAGAAGAUCAGUGGGUGCACGUGGAGAAUCAGCUGCGAGACAUGAUUCUCAACGACUACGGCAAGAAGAACAAUGUGAACAUCCAGUCGCUGACUCAGCACGAGAUUCGAGAUAUUAUUCUGGGCCAGGAGAUCAAAGCACCUUCUCAAAAGCGUCAGGAGCUGCAGGACAUUGAGGAGAACAAGACAGACUCUCAGGUGACUGCACUAAAGACCAAGUCUCAAAACGUGCAUGGAGACGAAAUGGUGGUGGUAACCACGUCCAACUACGAGCAGCAGGUGUUUCAGAGCAAGACUGAGUGGCGGUCUCGAGCUCUCAGUACCGCCAACCUACAUCUUCGAGCUGAGAAAGUGUUUGUGGAGUACUCUGAGUCCGACGACCAGGGUUACACUUAUGUGUUCCCCAAGAACGUGUUGCAGAAGUUCAUUCAGAUCGCCGAUGUUCGAACCCAGGUAGGAGCCCUGCUGUACGGAACUUCUCCUUCAGACAAUGACCAGGUCAAAGAGAUUCAUGCCAUUGUUCUGGUUCCUCAGCUGGGUUCGUACAGAGGUGUGGAGAUGCCUCUCAAGCCUCCAGUUACUCCUCUUUUAGAGGGCCUGGAGCCUCUGGGAUGGAUCCACACUCAGGCUUUAGAGUCUCCUCAAAUGUCGCCUGUGGACGUCACCACAACCGCCAAGCUGUCCAAGGAGUACGGAUGGCCCGUGGGCAGUCUCUGUAUGGUUGUUUCGUUUGCUCCUGGAUCGGUCAGCAUCUCUCCUUAUGCUCUGACCAAGGAAGGUCUAGCCUGGGGUGCUCAGAACACUGAUUUGGUGAGCGACCAGCCUGCAGGCUACUCCACCGCCUUUGGAGCGCCGCGACAGCUUCUGCUCACUGACAAGCUGUGUGGCUUCUUUGUGGUGCCUGAGACGGAUGUGUGGAACCACACGUUUAUGGGCACUGCGUGGAACGAGAAUGACGACUACGAUCUCAAGUUGGACAUUCCCCUGGCCUUUUACCACGAGUUGCAUCGGCCUUUGCAUUUCACCGGGUUUUCCAACAUGGAGGAGGGAGAGAGAUUAGGCGGAGAUAAUGUGUUUAGUUAG